AUGGCGGCAAAAGGUGAAAUGUCAGAGACGGAUUCAAAACUUAAAUAUGUGAAUAUGGAAGACGAAGAAGUAAAAUCUUUACAUAAUGAUGAAAAAGAAAGGGAAACCUGUGCCACCAUGUCAGAAAAAAGAAAUGAUUAUAACCACAAAAAGAAGGAGAAGUCUGGCAAGCAAACGGUGAUCAUGGUGAAACCUAAACCCCUCACCAAGAAACAGCUGCAGGCCGCUGAACACAGACGCAGAAAGGAAAUGGCAGAAAUUGGGAGGCAGUUGCUGGAGCAACAGAAAAAGCAGGAAGUUGAUAAAAUGAGCGGAGAGCAGAAAAAAGAGAAAGAUAAAGAACAUAAGCAGACAACCGUUAGAGAUCUUCAGGCAGAAAUAGAGGAACAGAAAGCUCAAAGCGAAAUGGAACAACAAAAACUUGAGGCUAAGCAGAGACUUUUGGAGGCUCAGGAAAAGAAAAAGGAGAAGAGAAAGAAGAAAAAAGAAAUGAAGCACACAAAAAAGCUUGUUCAGCAAGAAGCUAAACAGCGCCUUGAAGAACUGCAUAGUAGAGGAAUUUCCCAGAGGUGCUUCAAAGAGACAGUAUCAUUUGAGGAGGAGGAAAAGUUAUCUACCUUGGAUGAUUUGGAGCCAUUGCCUCCUCUGGAGGGGACCUUCAGAAAAAAAGAUCACUUGUGGAAUUUGCCACCCAGGCUCUCCGCUCUCCGAACUAAUCAGAGCAAUUCUCAGUGUAACACAGGGAAGGACAGUAAAGUCCAAGUGUCCAAGGGAGAAGAACCAAGUAAGAUUGAACAGGUGGAGAAGAGAGGACAUCCAAAGUCAGAUCAUCAGAAGACCAGCCAUGUACUACAAAGACGUCCAGAGAAAUUUGAGGACAAGGAAAACAUGCCAUCACCUUUGCAUGAAACAAAGCUGUCACCUGUUUGUCGCCAAGCCCCAUUGAUAGAGCAUGACCGGGAACUGACCUCUCAUCACCUUGAGCAGUACAGGGAACUGAUGCUGGUUCAGCCUGAGAGACAGACACAGUGUCAGCUAAGAGGCAAGGUCAGCAAGGUGGGACUUCACAAGGCUGAGAUGCUGAAGAGACAACAGGAGAGAGAAGCCCAGCGUAAUGAGGAGGAGAUGAGGGAGAUAUUGGCUGUUGAGAAGCAGAAACACAGUUGGUUACCCGCCUUGCACCCUAGAUGCCCCCUCCAACCCCUGGGAGAGACGAAAGCAGCUGCUUGA